UGCACAUCAGAAGCACUCUUUCCACUAGAGCUCAGAAUGGAAGAGACGUAUCUGCUUAACCAUCCCGGAGUGAAGAAGAAGAUUCUGAACGGGGGUCAAGGACCGCUGCCACAUUUUCCAAAGGGAACCAAGCUGGUGUUCCACUUCCAGACUCUGUUGGACGACUUUGAAAGAACAGUCAUUGACGACAGUCGCAAAAACAAGCAUCCCACUGAAAUUUUCGUGGGGAAGAUGUUCAAGAUGGAGGUGUGGGAGGUGCUGUUAACCUCCAUGAGGAUCGGAGAAGUGGCAGAGUUCUGGUGUGACGCUACUCACACAGGCCUUUAUCCCAUCGUCUCCAAAGGGAUUCGAUUGAUCGCUCAGGGCAAGGACCCUUUGGAGGGCCAGAAACACAUGUGUGGCGUGGGCAACGUGUUUCACUACCACUCAACAGGAUUCCCAGAGCUGGAUGAGCUAAUGAGAACGCCACAGCCUUUAAUAUUCAUCAUGGAGCUAAUCCAGGUGGGCGACCCGUUUUCUUACCAGCGUGAGUCGUGGAUGAUGGAGAAGGAUGAGAAGUUGAAGGUCGUGCCCAAGCUUCAUUACCUGGGCAACACUCUGGUCAAGCAGGGCCGGUUUCGCGAAGCCGCGGAGAAGUACCAGGAAGCCGUGGUUCUGCUCCGUACGGUGCAAUCCAGGGAGAUGCCAGGAGACGAAGACUACAUUAAUCUGGGCAGGCUCAUCAUUCCUCUGGUGCUGAACUACUGCCAGUGUAUGUUAGAGUUAGAGGAAUAUUAUGAGGUCAUAGAACACACCACAGAGCUCCUGGAGAAACACAAAGAUUGCGUAAAAGCUUACUACAAGCGAGCAAAGGCCUAUGCAGCCGUGUGGAGUGAGAAGGAGGCCAGAAAAGACUUCCAGAGGGUGGCCAACCUUGAUAUCACACUGUCCAGACUGGUGCACAGAGACCUUCAUCUUCUCUCUGAGAGAAUGAAGGAAAAAAACUGGGAGGAUAAAGAAAGAUACUGGAACAUUCUGAAACAUAAACAAGAGAAUGAACCGGAGGAGGAAGAGAAGGACAUCGCCGUAAUGCAUGUAAAAGAGGAGAGCCCAGGAGAACAUUCUCAAACUCCUGAAGCGCGCACUGAAGCAGAGAAGGAAUUAAAGAAAUCGGCAGCGAAGGAAAACAAGCAUGAUAUCAAAAGUGAAGAGUCCGAUCGCAGGACAGCAGCUCUGACCAAGGGCAAGGACUGGCAGCAGAUGCUACGGCUAAUCAUGCUGCUCCAAGAUGAAGGCAAUUUCAAUGUAAAAGAGCAUCGCUACGCCGAGGCGAGUGCAAAGUUCAAGGAUGCUCUGGAGUAUAUAGACCAUCUCCAAACUAAGGUGGAACAUAAAGGAGAAGACUGGGAUUCUCUGGAGAAAGUUCGUCUGCCACUCUGUCUGAACCUCAGUCAAUGUAAACUGGAGCUCAGGGAAUACUGUGAAGUGGUGGAACUUAACACUAAACUGCUGAAGAAACAUAAAGACAAUCUGAAGGCGGUAUACCAGCGGGCACGGGCUCACUCGGCAUUAUGCAACGAGGAUGAAGCUCGCCGAGAUUUCAAUAAGGUUCUGCAUCUGGAUCCCAAGUUCAAGCCCAUCGUUAAGCAGGAGAUAAAGAUGAUGUGCGAUAACCUCAGAGUGAAAUGCAUCGGCGAGAAGAAAAACUACUGGACCAGCACCCAGGAGAAGUUGCAGGCCAACAGCAAAGAGAAGAAAAAAGCAGAACGGGAGGAGGGCAAGAUGUCAUCUGGAGAGGUCAACGCUGAAGCUUCACCUCAAAACAAAGGCGAAGGACUACGGACAUCAGACGGCUUUAGCUGGUCAGAGGAGAGCUCAAGGGUUGAGGAAGGUAAUAAAGAUGAAGGACAGGAGAAGAAAAACAGCCAGAACAAAGAGGAGAGCUCUCUGACCCCAAGCGAAGAGAAAGGAAAAACAGAUAAUAAAGCUGUAGAUAAAGAUAGGGACUCGGUCCAAAACAAUGCAGAGGGAGAUACAGAGCACAGACAAAGACCAGAAAUAGAUAGCAGGAGUGAAGAAGCUCAACUGACCAAUUACAUCUCAAAGAGAAAGGACGAGACCGCCAAUGAAGAUGAAGGAUCUACUGCAAAGUCAGACAAAAGUGAACGCACUGUAGCAUCAGAGGAAGAAAGACUGAUGGAGUAGACAGACAUGAGUGGAGGUGUUGUAACAGAGAAAAGAAAGACAUCUAGUGAAUUGAAGAUGGAGAAGGUUUGUGUUGGGGUAUCGACAGAGACAUCAUCUGCAAAGCCUGAGAAAUCCACCCAAAGUGUCAAACGCAAACAAAAAAAGAAAAAG